GGCGAGCGCGGCCGUGCCCAGACUACCGUUGCCUUCAUGCCGGGAGGUGGACUACCACUUUGAAUACACGGAGUGCGAUAGCAGCGGAUCCCGAUGGAGGGUAGCAGUCCCAAAUCUGGAAGUGGAAUGUUCUGGUUUACCUGAUCCCAUCAAAGGGAAGGAUUGCACUUUUUCGUGUGCUUCUGGGGAGUAUCUAGAAAUGAAGAACCAGGUAUGCACUAAAUGUCCUGAAGGAACUUUCUCUGUUGGAAGUGGGAUCAAGUUUGUUGAAUGGGAUGAUCUGCCAGCAGGAUUCACUAAUAUGGCCACUUACAUGGAUUCUGUGGAUGGAUCGGGGAAUAAAGCAGAGAGCUGCAGCAAAUCUUCAUGGAAUCCUCGUGGGAAUUAUAUUGAGUCAAACAGGGAUGAUUGCACCGUCGCCUUGAUCUACACCGUGCUCCUGAAGAAGUCUGGUUUUGUCACCUUUGAAUACCAAUAUAGUGACAAAAAUAUCAUCUUUGAGUUUUUUGUUCAAAAUGACCAGUGCCAAGAGAUGGACUCCACAAGUGAUAAGUGGAUGAAGUUAACCAAAGAUGGUGAAUGGGGCUUCCAUUCUGUCACUCUGAAAUCAGGCACUAAUAUAUUAUACUGGAGAACAACGGGAAUCUUUAUGGGUUCUCAAGCCGUGAAAACUGUAUUAGUGAAAAACAUCACCAUUGAAGGAGUGACCUAUACGUCUGAAUGCUUUCCCUGCAAACCUGGUACAUUUAGCAAUGUAACUGGCUCAUCUACUUGCCAAGUCUGCCCUAAAAAUACAUACUCGGAAAUGGGUGCUAAGGACUGCACUAAGUGUCAAGAAAAAACUCACUAUGCAGACGAAGGUUCCAGCCACUGUAAGGAGCGACCACCCUGUACCAACAAGGACUUUUUCCAAAUACAUACCCCGUGUGAUCAGGAUGGAAAGACUCAGCUCAUGUACAAAUGGGUGGAGUCCAAGAUCUGUAGGGAGGACCUUCCUGGAGCUGUGACACUGCCUCCUUCUGGAGAGAGGAAGGAGUGUCCCCCUUGCAACCCAGGCUUCUACAACAACAACGGCUCCUCCUUCUGCACUCCUUGCCCUCAGGACAUGUUUUCUGAUGGAACAUGGGAGUGCAAACCCUGCCGUACGGGGACGGAACCGGCUCUGGGAUUAGAAUACAAGUGGUGGAAUGUGCUCCCUCGCAAUAUGAAGACCUCAUGUUUUAAUGUUGGCAACUCCAAAUGUGAUGGAAUGAAUGGCUGGGAAGUAGCUGAUGAUCACAUCCGAACUGGGGCAGGAGGCACAGAUGACGAUUAUCUCAUUUUGAACCUUCACGUACCAGGAUUUAAGCUGCCAACUUCUGUCAGAGGGGUGACAGGCUCAGAACUUGGACGGAUCACCUUUGUGUUUGACACCAUCUGCUCUGCAGAUUGUUCGCUGUAUUUCAUAGUGGAUAUCAACAAGAAGUUCACCAAUGUGGUGAAAUCCUGGAGUGGCAUGAAGGAGAAGCAGUUGUACACAUACGUUAUCUCCAAAAAUGCUUCUUAUACAUUCACUUGGGCUUUCCAGAGAACAAACCAAGCCCACAAAAGCAGAAAGCUCAUCUAUGACACGGCAAGGAUCUACAUGAUAACUGUGACCAACACAGUCGAUGGGGUGGCCUCCUUCUGCCAGGCCUGUGCUGUUGGUUCUGAAGAAUCUGGCUCAUCCUGCAUCCCCUGCCCUGCUGGGCACUACAUAGAAAAGGAAACCAGUCAAUGCAAGGAGUGUCCACCCAACACUUACCUGUCCAUUUAUCAAGUAUAUGGCCAAGAGGCAUGUGUGCCGUGUGGACCUGGCAGCCAAAGUACCAAGGACCAUUCUGCAUGCUUCAGCAAUUGCAAGCUGUCCUACGUCAAGGACAAUCAGACUUUGACCUAUGAUUUUAGCAACCUAAAUGGAGUAGGCUCAGUAAUGAAUGGACCAAGCUUUACAGCAAGAGGAACAAAGUUCUUCCAUUUCUUCAACAUCAGCCUGUGUGGAAACCAAGGUGAAAAGAUGGCACUUUGUGCUGACAAUAUAACUGAUAUUACACUAAGGGAUAUGGUAGCAGAGUCAGAAUAUUAUUCCAAUGUUGUGAGGGCUUUUGUCUGCCAGUCAACAAUCAUCCCUCCUGACAGCAAGGGAUUCAGAACUGCUUUGGCACUCCAGUCCAACAUCCUCGCUGACACGUUUCUUGGAGCUACUAUAGAAACAAAUCUGGGAAGCAUUAAUGUUAAUCCAGUAAUGUUUAAUCAGUCUGAAUGGAAGAUGCCUGAUGUGCAUUUCUAUUACAAGUUUUCCGGAGUUACAGCCACCUGUGAAAUUGGUUUUACUUCUGUUGUGAUCAUGAGAUGCAAUCCUGCAAAACCUGGCCAAGGGGAAAUUUCAGUUCCCAGUUCGUGUCCUGCAGGCACGUGUGAUGGCUGCUCUUUCUACUUCUUGUGGGAAAGUGCUGAAGCCUGCCCCUUGUGCACAGAGCAGGAUUAUCAUGCGAUCGAGGGGGUUUGUAAAAAAGGACAUCAGGAGAUCUUAUAUUUCUGGAACGAACCAAAGCUAUGUGUAAAAGGUGUAUCCUUGCCUGAAAAGAAAAGCAUCGGGUGUGAAAUGGUGGACUUCUGGCUGAAAGUUGGAACAGCAGUUGGUGCAUUCACUGCUGUCCUGCUGAUUGCCUUAAUUUGCUAUUUUUGGAAGAAGAAUCAGAAGUUAGAGUACAAAUAUUCCAAACUGGUAAUGACUGCAAAUUCAAAAGAUUGUGAGCUUCCAGCAGCUGACAGCUGUGCUAUCAUGGAAGGGGAAGACAACGAAGAGGAAAUAGUAUAUUCCAACAAACAGUCAUUACUAGGAAAACUAAAAUCCUUGGCAACAAAGGAGAAGGACAACUACUUUGAAUCUGUGCAGCUGAAAUCCUCAAGAUCUCAGAAUAUAUGACGAUUCACCUCGCC